CCAUCAUUAACCCCCAGUCCCUCUCCCUCGACUCGUUUCUGCUGAACCACAGCCUGGAGUACAAACUGGCGGCCAUGUCUUCCUGGGUGGAGUUCACGAUCGAAAAGCUCUUCUUCCCAGAGCUGAAGCAGCUGAGGUGGUUGAGCUGCCUGGGCCUGGCGAUGGUGCUGGUGGGAGAGACGCUGAGGAAAGUGGCCAUGCUGACUGCCGGCUCCAACUUCAACCACAUUGUGCAGAACGAGAAGUCAGAAAGCCACCAGCUCGUCACCUCCGGGGUCUAUGCCUGGUUCCGGCACCCCUCCUACGUGGGCUGGUUUUACUGGAGCAUCGGCACUCAGAGGAAAAUGCAGCCAAAGACUGGCAAAAAGAAGAAACCCGCUCUGAAAUUUACGGUGGAUUGUACACAUCCCGUGGAAGAUGGUAUUAUGGAUUCAUGUAACUUUGAGCAGUUCCUUCAGGAGCGAAUCAAAGUGAACGGCAAGGCCGGGAACCUGGGCGGGGCCGUGACCAUCGAGAGAAAUAAAAGCAAGAUCACGGUGACCUCAGAGGUCCCCUUCUCUAAGAGGUAUCUGAAAUAUCUCACUAAGAAGUACCUCAAGAAGAACAACCUGCGAGACUGGCUGCGUGUGGUGGCGAACAGCAAGGAGAGCUACGAGCUGCGAUACUUCCAGAUCAACCAGGACGAGGAGGAGGAGGAGGACGAGGAUUGAUCAGGGCGGCCUGGGGCUGAUUGAUUUGUACAAAUAGUUCCAAAUAAAAUUGUUGAAAAAAAGUAAA